UUGACUUCUUAAUAAAUACACUUCACAACAGUGUCCUUCUGGCCGAUGCCUGUUUUCCUGUUGCUAGAAUGGCAAUGCUUUUUAUUGGGUGCCAAAGGCAAGGUGGUGGUUAUACUGGUGAUUGUUUUUAAGCCUCACAGGUUAUGUGCUAUGAGUCAUGAUGCGUCACAGCUUUGUUAUACUGCUGGCUACAGUACAUCCUAUGAGUGGGCUGGUUGUGUUAUCAUAGAGAAGCUCCAUUAAUGGCUUAUAGUAUUCAAUUACUUGGCAGGCAAAAGAAAAACACAAUUUGCUGUAGCCAAAUGCACAACAGGGAUCAAAGCCAGAGGUGUAAUUUCUGCUUGGCGAUUGAAUCUAUCGUGAUAUGGUACUCACUCUUUCAAAGCCUAUCUUGAUCACCAGAGAACAUUGUGAUAUUGGCUUAUGAUCCCCUCACCCUAAGCCAGAGCUGGCCAGCUCUCCAUCUCUUGAAUGUGAAGAUAGAGUACAACAACACUGUAGUGACUCGAUUGGAAUAGAUAACUAGAUGUUCCUCUUGUUCCACCUGUUACAGAUGUAACACAGCGGUUCUGCAGGCUCAGAUUACUCAUCCCUUCAAAGGUCAAACGAAAAUAGUUUGAAUUCCUUAAAGAGCCAACAACGCUUUAAACUGGCACUGCCUUACAGCGACCAUAUUCCACAGGCAUUUUCUACACACCCAACACAGAAAAGAGCAGUGGCGAAUCAAGGGUAAAAAUAGCCUCUACGAUCCAUAAUGCUCACUCAGACACAGACACAAAUACACAUAAACACACUGUUCCCCUGGCACACAUAACCACAAACUCACUCAUAUGGAAAAUCACUCACUUCCUGUUAUCUGUGGUCAAACUUUAGUCAAACCCCAGGGAAGCUUUGACUAGACUUGACUCCUCUGGUUUAGAACAAAACUGUCACCAGUACUUGAGGAAUGUUUGUGUGUGUGGGGCAGAGUAUGAGAUGAAAGUAGAGAAAUGGGAAAAGGAAAUGUAAAGCCUUUCCUUUCUCCAAAACCUGCCACCCCAAUAAAUCCCAGACCCACCCAUUUAAAUAACAGAACCUCUGAAGAUAAUAUUGUAUGCAAAAGAGUGUUUUUUUGAAAGAGUAGGAAUUGUUUUGGGAAUGAGCUGGAAUUUGGCAGGGAGAGUAGGGAGGGCACAUAAAGUAAGUGGGAUAUGAUUCAGCAUUGUAUUACGCUCGUGGAAAAUGAAUGUAAAUAUUCCCAAGAUAAAUACAACCCCAAAGAGACCCUAGCUUUGUUUACUCUCGUGCGUAUGUAUUCAUAGUCAGUCUCUCUCUCUCUCUCUCUCUCUUCUCUCUACAGCUGUACCAUAUCAACCUUUGGCUUAGCGCUGUCUUACACAAUCAUUCCUCAAGCAAUACAGCUCCCCCUUCACUCCCCUUUCCCCCACCCCAUUUCCUCUUGGCCAAUGUUCCCACUCUCAAAACCUUUUUCCUUUACCUCCAUGUUGCUCCAUUCAUUUCCCCUAUUCCCCAAAGUGUUAUAUCCUUUGUAUUUAGUGAACUUAAGCUAAAAGCAGUAUUUUACUUUAGAGGUAUCAUUCUAUAUGUUCAGUACCGAUGAGGAUCAGUCAGGCUCACUCGGACUCAGUUUCUCAGUAUCUCUGCACAGUUAAAGUUGUAAUGAUGCGAGGCAGUUCUGCCUGAUUUGAUCUCGACACAGGCUUAUCCGACCCCUAUUUGAGGUUCAAACGCUGUUGCUCCCCCCUCUCUAUUGUAGUUGUCUCUGUCCAUAUAUCUUUCUUUGUACAUAACUAGACAUGUCCAUCCGCAAGUUAGCGUUUUUCAUCAUGAAUCUUCCUCGGGAGGCAGCUCUGCAGAGUGGUCACUUGCUGGCACAGCUUGCAAGUCAUAAAAUCUGAUUUGAAACCUAACCCUAACCUUAACCACGGUGCUAACCCAAAUGCCUAUCCCUAACAUAUUUUGGUUUUCAUGAAUGUUUACAAUUUUGCAGCUGCUAUCUAAGGGGAAAUCUCUCAGUUCUGCCUCCAGGACAAGACUCAUGACAAUAAACAUCAACCUGUUGUCCAUCCAUGUCUAUGUGUAUUUGAGGAUGUGACAAUAAAAUUGGUUCUAGGGCCAAUUCAACAGCUGUAAUCAAAUCCCCAUCCCUCAUCUAUCCCCCAACCCUACCCUCCUCUCCAAGUCCCAGACUCCAAGCAUCUUGUCAACUCGAGGAAGUAUCCCUGUAUUUUGUUAAACUCUCCUGUGGCCUUCCUGCCCCCCCCCCUCCCCCUCUCCUCCACUCCUCUCCAAUAGAAAAAAGCUAUAGACAAAUAAACGUCCCCGGUCCCUCCGUUUUCACAUGAGCCGGAAAUUCCAUGGCGCUUAGGCCUUUUUUACGGCUGGACUGAAUUACCCUAUGUGUUGUUCUGGGAUUCCUGUGAGUUACACUCCAAUGAUGUAGUGGUUAGAUAAACGUAGCUCCCGGACACAGAUAUACUCAGUCAUUAUAGUCAUGUUUCUAAGAAUGUGUUUACUCUCCUAUUUAUGAAUAGUCCUAAAUCCUGUCAAGGUCACAGAUUAUUGGUAUUUUUGACUAUUCUCUUGAGCAUUAUGGCAUUUAAUAGUUUCAUCUUGGCUUCUAGUUGGCUGGGUAGAAAUAUCGACAUAAUGCUUCCAUCUAUCCCAUCCUCUCAGAUGGACAGAUGUGGCUGGGGAAUAGGGGCUAGAAGUUGAUUUGGAACUCACAAGACCACCUCUGGAUUGUGUGAAAAUGUGCUACGCCACAGAACUGACGCACUUGCACACUACUUGUUGCACCUCUCUCUUCCCCCCACGUGGUGUAGCUCUUGUGCUAUCGGUAACUUGACACGAGUUUGGCUCACCUUUUAUUAUGCCAAUGUCUAAUCUUGCAACCUGUGUGCAUGCAUUAAAAAGUGUGUGUGUCCGUGCCUGUGUGCGAGAGAGAGGAGAGAGAGAGAGAGAGAGUCAGAGAGGGCUACAUAACCACACAAGGUGCCUUUUUGGCGGGAUUGUGUCUGGAGAGUAUUUACAAGUUUGGAUCUAUAAUUGUCUUACCACAAUUAUACCAAAACAACCAUGACAGUUUAGAAAAUUAAUGAUGGUUAACAUGCAAUGUUAGGACCAUUUUGACUUACCCCCAGAAAUGACAUAUCUAAUUCCCAAUCCUCACCAAUCCUGGGGAAAUUUCUUCACUCUCCCCUCCCAGAUCUGACCAAUCACAGAGUGGAAUUCCAGUCAUUCAAUUCCACAAUAGCCUUUCCUUUAAUGGCUCCACCCACAGCGACAGAGCAGAGGGAGACUAACAGAAACAAGGUAACCUUUAGUUGCAAACUAUGUUUUGAGGACUUUUUGGGGAUGUAAGAGAACUUUUGAACUAAAAAGUCUAACUCGGACCUAUGCCUCGAGGCGUAGAUUUAAAGGAAAAAGAAAUGAAUAAGACGGGCAAGGAAGAGCCCCAUGUCUUCAAGGAGAAGACCUUUAGGAAGAGGCGUCAGUGUGGGGUGUGUCGUCAGAGUGUGGACAGCACAGGGUCCUUCUGUCGAGUGUGUAAAACAGCCACUCACAAGAAAUGCGAGGCAAAGGUGACCACAGCAUGCAUCCCAGCUCCAUCUGAUCUGCAGCGCAGAGGGACAGCUCCAUCCCGACACGUCCAACACCUGGGUUCCACAAAGUCUCUGACUUACACCAAACAGAGAACCAUCCUCCCCAGGAGUUUCAGUGUGGACCGUGUGAUGGAAAGAGUCAUGGAGGGCCACUAUGACUUUGACCUGACCUACAUCACCGAGAGGAUUAUCUCCGUGUUCUUCCCCCCUCUGCUGGACGAGCAGCGGUAUCGUCUCAACCUCAAGGAGGUGACCGCCAUGCUCAGGUCCAAGCACCAGGACAAGUUCCUGCUCUUCAAUCUCUCUGAACGACGCCAUGACAUCACCAGCAUGAAUCCAAAGGUUCAUGACUUCGGCUGGCCUGACCUCCAUGCCCCUCCCCUGGACAAGAUCUGUGCCAUGUGUAAGGCCAUGGAGACCUGGCUGACCUCCGACCCCCAGCAUGUGGUAGUCUUGCACUGCAAGGGCAACAAGGGCAAGACAGGAGUGAUUAUUGCAGCCUACAUGCACUACAGCAAGAUCUCUGCAGGGGCAGACCAGGCCCUUAGCACACUGGCCAUGAGGAAGUUCUGUGAGGAUAAAGUCUCGUCCUCCCUCCAACCGUCCCAAAACAGGUAUAUCUACUACUUUGGGGGGCUCCUCUCUGGGGCGAUCAAGAUGAACAGCAACCCACUGUUCCUCCACCAGGUCCUCAUCCCCACACUCCCUAACUUCCAGGGCGAAGGAGGUUACUUUCCCUUCCUGAAGAUCUACCAGUCCAUGCAGCUGGUCUACACCUCAGGGAUAUAUGACUUGCAGGGUUCCGGGGGCCGAAGACUGUGUGUGACCAUUGAGCCUGCAUUGCUGCUGAAGGGAGACAUCAUGGUGAAGUGUUACCACAGACGGGCCCAGAGUGCAGAGAGGGACACAGUGUUCAGACUGCAGUUCCACACCUGCACCAUCCACGGGGCACAGCUGUGGUUCGGCAAGGGGGAGCUGGAUGAGGCCUGUACUGAUGAACGAUUUCCCUCGGAUGCAACUGUAGAGUUUGUCUUUUCCUCUGGACCAGAGAAGAUCAAAGGGCGUGAGUACCAGAGGAAUGACCCUGCUGUCACAGUGGACUACAACACAGCUGACCCUGUGGUGCGCUGGGACUCCUAUGAGAACUUCAACCAGCGCUACCAGGACAGUCUAGAAGACAUAGCCCACACCAGGGGUCCAGUGGAUGGUAGUCUGUACGCCCAGAUAAAGAAACGUCGCUCAGGCCCAGGUUCAGGCUCCCUGACCUCCACCAAUGGGAGUCCAGCAGGGACCAGUGAGGAGAGGCCGAGUCAGAACCAGCUCCUCUCCCCUAGCUCUGACUCGCUCAAUCACUCCGGCCACACUAGCCACCCCGGCCACUCUUCCCACUCUACGGCCCACCCAGAGCGUCCAGAAGAGCCCAGAAAGCCCCCGCCCCCCACUCGGCACGAGAGGGAGGAGCUGGAGCGCCUGCUGGGGGGCAUCGAGGGGGAGAGGGACGACCAGGACAGGGAGCGGGAGACUGCCAUCCUGGAUGACGGGGACUCGUCCUCUCCCUCUGAGCGUACAGGUACCCUGAGGCUGGGCCGCUCCUGUUCCUGCCGGGUGGGCUACCGCUCCCAGCACUGUGCCAAGCCCGGUUGUGACCGACUCCACCUCAUGCCCAACAGCUACUGCCUGGACAGAGCCCCGGGCACCAAUGGUCAUCCUGGGGCACCGCCCUCGGCUAACCCUGCCACCGUUCCCUCACACAUGGACCUGUGCCAGCACUACAGCCCCCACCCUCACCCUCAUCAGGCCCUGCCUCCCCCUGACCUGGUGUGGGACCGCCAGCAGGGCCCGCCACACUACCUGCAACGCUCCUGCUCUGAGGGACCCUCUCAUCACCCCUCUCUGUGCCCCUAUCCAUCCCAGGAGCUGACCCCUCACCCCCACACCCUUCCUCCCGGGCGCCUGCUCUGUAGAAGUGAUGACUAUGGUCCGUACCAUCACCCUCCCUCACACACCCAUCACCACCCUCACCACACCAAGUCCUCCGGCCCCUACCACGACAUGCUGCUGCUGGAAGGUCUGCCGCCCCCUGGCUGCCCCUGCCGGGACUGCCUCAUCAGGAGGGAGGACUCAGCCUUCCGCGGCCUGCGGCUGGAGCGAGGAGAGAGCUUCCACUGGGGCAGAGAGGCAGAGCUGCAGCAUCGUGAAGCAGGGCUGAGGAGGGGGAGGGAGUCUGAGCUGCCCAGAGGGGUAGAGAUGCACUGGGAGAGGGAGGCAGUGGGACUGAGAAGAGGCAGGGAGAUGUCACUGCAUUGGGACAGGGAGGCAGAGCUCCAAUGGGAGAGGGAGAGAGAGGCAGACUAUUGGCACAGGAGGGCCACAGUGUCUUCCUAUGGGCCCCAGGGACACGAGCUCCCUGCCUUCACUUUUGACCCCCUGCCGUCUGGCCACCCUGCGUACCCAGAGCCGUCUCGCUCCCACGCCCACUCCCACCUGGAUCUGAAGUACAGCAGCAGCAGCAGUGGCUACCAGACCCCCCACCAGGCCUACCCCUGCUCCCCCUACCAGCCCUCUCCCUCUGAAAGCAGGGGCUAUGCCUCAGGCUACCAGUCUGAGUCUACCUCCCCUCUGCCCCCUCCCUCCACCCUGUCAGGCCCCUGCAGCCACACCACAGGGCCAGCAGACCACCACCCUGAAGCCCACCCUCAGCAGUACCUCUCCGACAGCCAGACAGAUGGAAGGGGGAUGAGUGAGAAUGUGGGUUGGAGAGACCACAUCUCCCAGGGUUCCUUCAAGAGGAUGCAUCAAGAUGCCCAUGUCCCGUGUUCCACGCCUUAUGACCGCUCUGGGCCACCCACUCCUGUUCAUACCAGCAGCCCUCUGCGCACACAAGAAAGGCCCAGUCUAGGUGUACAAGAGGAUGAAGUUCGAUUGACUGACAUAGUCAACAGUGACUUUGAAUCUGCCCAGUCUCAGGAUAGGCCCGAUAGUACUGCUGCUCAAGUGUCUCAGCCCAACCAGCAACACAUCCCUGACCCCUCACAGUCUUCAUCCAUGACACCCACACCUUCCCCCACCCAACUCAACAGCCACUGCACCACACCGACACAUCCACCCUCACCCAACCAGCCCCAGAACCACUGUACCACACUCUCACCUACAACCAGCCAACCCAGCAACCACUGCCUCCCCGUAUCACCCACUCAGACCCCCCCUGAGAAAGUUAGCCCACCUGGUCCAGAGACCACCCUUCCUACAGAGACUGCUGCACCGCCUCCUCUUGCCCAGCACCAGCCACCUAACCCCAACUCUGCACCUGGCACAACGGGACCCUGCCCAGCUCAGGGCCAGCUGAAUGGAGCAUGUCCACCCAGGGAGUUGACCCCAGAGGUCCCUAAAUCCAUCUCGACCCCCACUUCGGCUCCUUCCUCCCCCCAGCCUCCCAUCAGCAGUCUGGAGGGCUCCCCCUCCUCAGAACCUCCUGUGCCUGGCUUCGCCACCCUGUGCCGGAGGCUGAUGCUGGGCACUGAGCCCCCAGGACCCCUGCAGCAUUACCCUGGCAUGGAGGGCAGUGCCAGUGGGCACUCUUCAGCCCCUGAGGGACAUGACACCCCGACCUUCCCCACCUCUGCCACCGGCUGCUGUGCCCAAUCUGCCCCUCAUGUGCCAUACUCGGGCUACACUGCUGUCACCAUCCCCCAGCCCCCACUCCCAGAGAAACGGCGGCAGUCUGCCCAGCCAGGAUCACCUAACGGCGGGGUGGGUACCCUGAGGCCCUCCCUCUCACAGCACCAUGUCACCUUCUCUCCAAUGGUGGGGGAGAUGGCACCCCCUGCAGGCCAAGGAGAAGAAAUUCUAUCUCUGGAAGGAGAGAUGGCAGGCAGAGUCAGUGUUAAGUUUGUCCAGGACAGCUCACGCUUCUGGUACAAGCCUGGCAUCUCCAGGGACCAAGCCAUAACUGCGCUGAAGGAGAGAGAACCAGGGGCGUUUCUUAUCCGGGACAGCAACUCCUUCCAGGGUGCCUAUGGCCUGGCACUGAAGGUGGCCAUCCCGCCCGCUAACGUCAACAACCACAGCAGCAAAGCCAAUCCAUUAGAGCAGCUGGUGCGACACUUCCUGAUUGAGCCGGGCCCCCGUGGAGUGAAGAUCAAAGGGUGUCAGAAUGAGCCCCAUUUUGGGAGUUUGUCUGCAUUGGUGUACCAGCACUCCAUCACCCCCAUUUCCCUACCCUGUUCCCUGCGGAUCCCAGAAAAAGAUCCCAUUGGAGAAAUGCAGGCGCUGCAGUCGACUGCCAGUAACAUGAGCACUGCUGCAGACCUGCUGAAACAGGGUGCAGCCUGCAACGUGCUCUACCUGAAUUCUGUGGAGACUGAGUCACUGACUGGACCACAGGCCAUCUCCAAGGCAAACGGAGCCACGCUGGCACGAAACCCCCAGCCAGCGCCCACAGUGGUCCACUUUAAAGUGUCUUCACAGGGCAUCACACUAACUGACAGCCAGCGCAGGGUGUUCUUCAGGAGACACUACCCAGUCAACAGUGUGACUUUCAGCAGUAUCGACCCCCAGGACAGGAGGUGGACUAACUCAGACAGAACAACAUCUAAGGUGUUUGGGUUUGUAGCCAAGAAGCCAGGCAGCAUGGCAGAAAAUGUGUGUCAUCUGUUUGCUGAGCUCGAUCCGGAGCAGCCAGCCUCUGCCAUUGUCAACUUCAUCAACAAGGUGAUGUUAGGGCCGCAGCGCAGGUAGAGAACCAAGCCAAAGACCCGUCACCGGUGUUAGACUGUCAACAGUGUUACAUCUCCCAAAGAGGAGGCUUCAAAACAUAUGCUUUACAGACCCACAAAGCACCAUUGGCGGUGGCCUCUUCUCAAAGACUGAGUUUUGAAACCAAAAGGCUCAACAUUUCAAACAUGACUGCCAUUUUGAAUUAUAGUCAAAAUGUAUUAGUUGUUUAAAUGUCUAAUAUCUAAAAAUGCCUUGAAGGUCCAAUGCAGCCAUUUUUAUAUCAAUAUCAAAUCAUUUCUGGGUAACAAUGAAGUACCUUAUUGUAAUUGUUUUCAAUUAAAAUGGUUAAAAGAUAUAUUUUCCUCAGCAAAGAGCAAUUUCUCAAGCAACAAUUUUGCUAGAACUGUCUGUGAGUGGUCUAAGCGGAAAACUGAAAAACUAGCUGUUAUUGGCAGAGAGGUUUGGAACUCUCUUAUUUGUCUAUUAACAAAUGUAUCGCCUUGUGAUGUCACCAGGCAGGCCAAAACUCGAUCCCACCAUAACAGGUGGAUAUUUCAGGCGAUCCUUUCAAACAGCUCUUAAACUAAAAUGGCAUUUAUCAUUUUCAGAGUAUUAUUCCAUUGUGGAAUAAUACUCUGAAAUUGUUUGUGUUGUGGAAAUACAUAUAAAACACAGGAAACCUAGUUUUUAACAGCACUGGGCCUUUAAUUUCCUAUUGCCUUAAAGUUACCAAAGCCUUGUCGUCACUUGCUAGUCAUUUAAGGUUUCAGGUAUGCAGUAAGCAGCCUAGUCCACCCACAGGCCUACCAAAGACUACUCUUAAUUACACAUAAACCUUGCCUCAACCCUGUCACUCUCCCCAGUAUAAGUCAAACAAAAUGUUGAAGAUGUAGUCCUACAGUAGGCUACAGUAGAAAGUAAAAGUGAACGUGAGAAACGUCUAUUUGUAAUGUGCAAGGGAGAGAGUGUAUGUGGUUAGGGUAUCAGUGUGUGUAGAGGCUAGGGCACAGAUAUGGUCAGUACUAGAGAUUAUGGGGUAUUGUUAUGUUUUGUUCACAUGUACGUUCGUAUGAAUUGUACUCUAGAAAGAAAAGUUUGUAGUAACCAAGGAAUAAUGGUGUGCCGCACCAAUGCCAUCUCUAAUGUAUUGUAUUUAUACCUAUGGCUUUUUCUGUUAAGAGCAAUACACAAUAAUAUUGCUGCAAAUAGUCAUUUUGUUCUAUUCCACACUUUUUUGGGGGGGGUCAAUUAUCUAGACUAUGGGGCAAAUACUAGUCCUUACUAUACUGUAUAACAUUGAGAAAUGUAUUCAAACAUUAAAAACAAGACAAGAAUAAGUCACAAUAUCAAUGUAACUCCCACAUAUAUUUUUAGCUGUAUGACUUUAUGUACAAAGUUAACACACAAAGCAGACAGUUGUCUAAGGUCCUAUGUACUUAACCAAAGACAGAGCACUCCUGUAUUAAGAUUUAAUCGUUCAUAUUUUUAAGCUUCAUGUAUUUGUAUUCUUAGUGUUUUGCAUUGUUUUUGUAAGAAAAAGAAAGACACUUCUUUGUAUGACAGCGGUAAUAUAUUGUGGUCUGUUUUCUUAUUGAUUUUUAUAUGUAGUAAUAUAUUUUCUCACAUGCAGCUAGGAAAGGGAGGACAAAAGGAAACAUUUGUAAGAAAAUCUAUGUUAUAUGCUAUUUUUUAAGAAAGCUUUGUAUGCACAAAUAAAGAAUAUAAUAAAUAAAAAAAUUCUGGUACCAAAUCUGA